AUGAGUGCAGAACUUGCAAAGGAAGAUUACUAUGAUUAUCCAGAUUUUUAUGAUAAUGCCGUACCCACUAAGCCUCCUAUGGAAGUUAUCCCACCAUGUGACUCAAAAGCUGAUGAAAGUCUCUCCUACAUAUGCAUCACAGCCAUAUCUUUUGUGGUCAUGCUGAUCCUGGUGAUGUUGGCAAGGCGGCAGAAAGUUGUAGGCGGUCUAAAAGGAAUUCCAGCUUUACUCGGCCCUGUGAAUUUUUUAGAGCAUACACAGCACAAAGCAUUGUCUGUGGCUGUGUUUGGAGUCCUUUUCUGCAGGCUUGUUAGACUGGUUCUAUCCCCAAGCCCACUGCCCUUUACCAAGGAUGCACAAAACAAAGAGUAUUGGCUGAUCCUUGCUCUGUUCUACUACCCUGCUUUGUAUUACCCCUUGCUGGCUUGUGGUACCCUCCACAUCAUGGUCGGCUAUGUGCUGGGCACUCUGUUGUCUUGGACACAUCUGGGCAUCCUCAUCUGGCAUAAAGUCGACUGCCCCAAAACACCACAAAUAUAUAAGUAUCAUUCCCUGUUGAGCAGCCUGCCAGAGAUUGCCUGUUUGGCAUUUCUCAGUUUCCAGUAUCCUCUUCUCCUUUUUAAGGGCUUUAAAGGAAAAGAGAAAAGCGAUCCCUUUGAGGACCUAAAGAACAGCUACUACACAGACUAUGUAAAGAACAUCCUCAAAAAGAAGAAAGCAUCUCAGGCCAGUUCAAGCAGCUCUAGACCCAAGCUGGUUGAAAGAAUCACUUACGCAUUCAAGUCUUACAUAUACACACCUAAAGAGGUAUUUAGGUUCCCUCUGAAGUUAGCCAUCUCUCUGGUUGUUGCAUCUAUUGCUCUUUAUCAGAUGGCCCUCUUGCUGGUCAUUGGAGUAGUGCCCACUCUCCAGAUUGUCCGAAAAGGAGUGAACGAAGACAUUGCAUUUCUCCUGGCUGGUUUUAAUAUAAUUCUGUCAGAUGAUCGGAAAGAGGUGGUUAAGAUAGUCGUGUACUACAUGUGGUGUGUUGAGGUAUGCUAUGUCUCAGCAGUAACCCUGACCUGCUUGGUUAAUUUGAUCAUGUUUAUGAGGUCCAUGGUCUUGCACAGGUCCAAUCUGAGGGGGCUGUACAGAGGGGAUAUCUACAAUGUGUAUAACUGCCAGAGGAACAUAAGACCAUCACGUCCUGCCCUGGUGUGCUGGAUGGGCUAUACCAGCUACCAAGCCGCAUUUAUUUGUCUGGGCAUGGUCAUUCAGACUCUGGUGUUCUUCAUUUGCUUUCUGUUUGCUGUGUUCUUCAUCAUCAUUCCCAUCUUAUAUGGAAAGAAUCUUUUGUUCUUCCACAUCAUUGGCAGAAUGUGGCCAUUCUGGCUGAUGUUGUUACUGACUGUGCUUAUCCAGCACCUUGCAUCCAGGUUCUUCUUCAUUAAAAAGGAAGCUGGAACACAAGACUUAACUAACAGGGGAUGUCUGUUCCUUCUGACCUACCUGCUAUUUCCUGUCAAUGUACUGGUGGGUGUGUUGGUGGGAAUUUGGAGGUUGGUCAUCACAGCUCUUUUUAAUAUUGUCCAUUUGGGCCGCAUGGACAUCAGCCUUCUCAACCGCAAUGUGGAAGCUUUUGACACAGGGUAUCGCUGCUAUGCUCAUUAUUUAAAGAUUGAGGUCAGUCAGUCUCACCCAGUCAUGAAGGCCUUCUGCGGGUUGUUGUUACAGUCUCCAAGCCAUGACAAAAGCACUGGCGAUGCGGCACGUAAUGCGGAGGAAGGAAUUCAACUGGUUUCACAGAACAAGAAAGAGAACAAUGUACCCAGUGCUAAGAAAACACGUGGACACUGGCAUCUCCUCUACACACUAGUUAACAAUUCAUCCUUGGUGGGGUCCAGGAAACACUUUCAGAGACAGAGCUCAGAGAGCGUCCUAAACGGGACUUUCAAAAGGAGCUCCAAAGCAGACAGCAAAAAGGAGGGCGGCACCACAGCAGCCAGCAAAGAGGGAGAGGGACCUGCAUCUAAGGGCUGA